AUGUGUUCUGGUGGAGAAAGAAAACAAUGGAGUUGUGGAAACGCGGGAGUAGUGAGUUUGCAAAAAGUUGGAUCUUUGGUUCGAGAUUUGAGCGAGCCUUGUCUUUCACAGUCACCGAUACAGGUUGUUAUAACUAUAGGCAAAAUGCUUAAGCCAGAGAAGUGGCAGGCGUCUUUUGAUAGCGACGGAAGAGUUAAUGGUUUCCAAAAGGCGCUCAAGUUAAUUAUUUUGGGGGGAAUCGAUCCGUCUAUUAGAGCUGAAGUUUGGGAGUUUCUUCUUGGAUGUUAUGCAUUGAGCAGCACCUCUGAGCACCGUAAGCAACUCAGGGUAGCUCGAAGGAAGCGGUACAAUGAAUUGCUCAAGCAAUGCCAGACGAUGCAUUCAAGCGUGGGAACAGGUUCACUUGCUUAUGUUGUGGGGUCUAAGGUCAUGGAUAUGAGGAAAUCAUAUAGAGAUGAGUCGGCAAAAGCUGCUACUACAGAUGAAAACGGAGAAGAAGCUUGUACAGAUGAUAAUGCUAAUACUGAAAAUCAUCACAGUGAUUGUAGUAAUAACGGUACUGAUACAUCUCAUGCACACAGAAGGGGGAGUUCUAGUGAGUCUGUUGAUUUAGUAAGCGGAAGAGAGAGUCCGGAGAGCGUAGUGUACAACACUUCCUCUUUUGUAUCUGCUUCUAGUCCAUGUCCAUAUGGCUAUGCUUCCCCUGACGGUUAUUUCGACUUUCCCUCGCUGCCGGUUACGGAUUUGUUUGGGAGGAAUAGUUUAGAUCAGAUAGAGGUUUCUACGCCAGAUAAGGAAGCUUCAUUGCGGAGUGAGUUGAGAUCUGACGAGGAGGGAAUGCACAACUUUCGAGUUGAUAAGAAUGCUGAGUUAGUUAGAGAGCAACAUAGGUCCGCUUCCGAGAUUGAAGUGAUGCAUCCGGAUUCUGUUGGACCGUCGUCUUCUUCCGGCCAUAAUGCAGAGAUAGUUAGUGGCUUGAGAAUAUCAGAUGUCCCUGAAAUGGCAUCAGUGAAGGAGACUUCCUCUCGUGUUGGGAAGGUCACAGAAGAACGAGUGUCUGAAUGGCUUUGGACAUUGCAUCGAAUAGUCGUUGAUGUGGUAAGGACGGAUAGCCACCUUGAGUUCUACGAGGAUCCAGGAAAUCUAGGAAGAAUGUCGGAUAUCCUUGCGGUUUAUGCUUGGGUUGAUCCUGCAACUGGUUAUUGCCAAGGAAUGAGUGAUUUAGUCUCUCCCUUCGUGGUUCUGUUUGAAGAUAAUGCUGAUGCCUUUUGGUGCUUUGAAAUGCUAAUAAGAAGAACGCGUGCGAAUUUCCAAAUGGAGGGACCAACUGGGGUGAUGGAUCAGUUGCAAUCACUGUGGCACAUAUUGCAACUCACAGAUAAAGAUAUCUUUUCUCACUUAUCACGUAUUGGUGCUGAAAGUCUUCAUUUUGCCUUCCGGAUGCUUUUAGUUCUGUUCCGGAGGGAAUUGUCUUUUAAUGAAGCUCUCAGGAUGUGGGAGAUGAUGUGGGCAGCUGAUUUUGAUGAAUCUGUUGCUGAAACUUUGGAGAAUGAUUGCUUGGAGCCUCUGGUGAUUCAGCUUCCAAGGAAACCUGAAGCUGAGGUCAAAGAAGAAACGAUAGAUAAUGGAAAUGGUAAUAGUGCAAAGAGGGAGCCAACAACUACCAAGAGCGGGCCGAUUGCAAAGAGCAGCGGUUUGUUGUCGAGGAGCGGUUUGCUGCCGAAGAGUGGUCCGUUGCCAAAGACAGGUGGUCCAUUCUCUGAUGAGAGUGGGAUGAAGUCGUCGUCACCAACCUCCUCCACAUAUCACUUCUGUGGUUUGACAAGAAGUCUUUGGUCAAGGAAUGAAAGAACAACACAUGUCCCUUGUGUUGUAGUGUCAUCGAUCAAGAAAGGGGAUGAUGCUCUUCCUGUCUUUUGCGUGGCGGCAAUUUUAAUCAUGAAUCGGCAUAAGAUCAUUAAAGAAACUCGCUCGAUCGAUGAUAUGAUACAGAUCUUCAAUGAUAAGGUUCUUGUGUUUCGGGUGAGAAGAUGCAUACGUACAGCCAUGAAACUUCGUAGGAAAUACAUGUACAAGAGUCAGGUAAUCAAGACCAAGAGCAACACUCAGGUUCAAAUCCAGCAUCAAACCCAUAUGGAGAGCCAGAAGUCGGAGGAGACUCAAAGCCAUGCUGAGAAACAGAGCCAAACACCAAGUGUACAUCAUAGUCCUGCUACUCAGAAUGGUGACUAG